UUACUAUCAUUAACUCCAUUUGACAAAGCUACCAUCUUUUGUAGUUGCCCACUAUCUCUAACCCUAUAAGCCUUUCCCCUUUAUUUCUUUUUGUUUCUUGGCCUAUUCUCUCCCCCUCUUCUUCUAAUGCUAGUGGUUCUCUUCCUUUCAUGGUGUUUAAUUCAUGUUGACUACUAAAAAACCAGUGUAAAAGUUUUGUGUUUAUGGUUUAGUAUGGGGAGAGAUGGACAAAGAAACUAAUAACCAAGAAAACCCAUCUCUCCUCUCUAACAAUAACACCAACAAAGAAGACUGUUCCCCUAAGAAACACCCUGGAAGCUCCACUGUGACUGGCGGCGGAGGCGGGAGUAAUGACAGGCUGAAACGCGAUGAAUGGAGUGAAGGGGCUGUUUCGAGCUUACUCGAGGCCUAUGAAAACAAAUGGGUGCUUAGAAACAGAGCCAAGCUUAAAGGCCAUGAUUGGGAAGACGUUGCACGUUAUGUUUCGGCUCGAGCCAAUUGUACCAAGUCGCCCAAGACUCAAACGCAGUGUAAGAACAAGAUCGAGUCCAUGAAAAAACGGUAUCGGUCGGAAUCGGCCACGGCGGAGGGAUCGUCUUGGCCUUUAUAUCCACGGCUUGAUCUUUUAUUACGUGGAAAUGCUGCCGCUGCCGCUGCUGCUGCUGCACCGUCUCCUCCACCAUCACUGCCGCUGCCUCCGCCACCGCAGCAGCUACAUCUGUCAGCAGUGGUUCAACCACAACCACCUGGCCCUCUUUUCACUAACCUUCCCUUGACGUUACCAGAAGCGUCCACGCUGGUGGUGCUGCAACAACAACAACAACCACCACCACCGCCACUACCACCAGCUGCUCCGCCGCCUGCUUUGGCUCCUCAGGGUCUGGGAACUGCACAGAAUUCACACGGUUCCAAUGGUUUUGAAAAGAUACCCAAGGAUGACGGAGCCGGAACGAAAGUAUCGGACCAUCUAUCGGACAAGGUAGCCAUAGAGACAGAUAGUAGUACACCGGGUCUUUACAGUGACAAGGAAAAGCUAAGAUCGAAGAAAUUGAAGAUGAAAACAAUGGAGAAUAAGAAGAAGAAAAGGAGGAAAAAGGAAGAGUAUAGAGAAAUAGGGGAGAGUAUCCGAAUACUAGCUGAAGUAGUAUUAAAAUCAGAAGAAUCAAGGAUGGAAACACUAAGGGAAAUAGAGAAAAUGAGGAUUGAAGCGGAGACUAAAAGGGGGGAAAUGGAGCUUAAAAGAACAGAGAUCAUAGCCAAUACGCAAUUGGAAAUUGCUAAGCUCUUUGCUGGAUCAAGUAAUAAAGGGAUCGAUCCUUCGUUGAGGAUAGGAAGAAGUUGACAUACAUAUGCGCGAAUGUGUAUGCAUGUGUAGGUUUAGGGUAUUGACAAUGAAACAAUGUGGGAAGGUAAUUUAACUUGUAAUAAUAGGGUAGUGAGUUGUUGAUCUAAAUUAUGUAACCGGUACAAUGCAGUCUGAAGAUGACUUUCAUGUUGCGUAA